CUCAGUGAGAGUUGGUGACACAGCGACACGUCAACCACACGGAAGAAGCUCCCUCUCCGACCUGCACCAGUCUAACCGAUAUAAGGACUGUAGUCUUAUCAAAAUGGGUGGGUUCUUUAGUCUUUUCUCUGGUCUGUUUGGCACCCGGGAGAUGAGGAUUUUGAUCCUGGGUUUGGAUGGUGCAGGAAAAACGACUAUUCUGUACCGGCUGCAGGUUGGAGAGGUGGUCACAACUAUCCCGACCAUCGGCUUCAACGUCGAGACGGUCACAUUCAAGAAUCUGAAGUUCCAGGUGUGGGAUCUGGGAGGACAGACGAGUAUCAGGCCAUACUGGCGGUGUUAUUACUCAAACACAGACGCGGUGAUCUACGUUGUUGACAGCAGUGACCGCGACAGGAUGGGCAUCUCAAAGUCGGAGCUGGUGGCCAUGUUGGAGGAGGAGGAGCUUAAGAAAGCUAUUCUGGUGGUAUUCGCCAACAAACAGGAUAUGGACCAGGCGAUGACGCCGACAGAGGUGGCCAACUCACUUGGCCUUCCCGCUCUCAAAGACAGAAAAUGGCAGAUUUUCAAGAUCUCUGCCCUAAAAGGCACAGGCCUAGAUGAGGCAAUGGAAUGGCUGGUGGAUUCCCUGAAGAGUCGGCAGUAAAGGCUCACACCCAUUUUGUACAUACUCCUGACCUUUGACCCUUCUGUAUGAAGCCUUGUAACUGACCCCUCCCCACUGGACCAGUGAUUGCACUCCUCCCACCUCCAACCCACCUGAAGCCUUCGCCAGGCCCUCCCGAUGCCUAACGCCUUAGAACUGAAGGCUGCAGUAAUGUCUGGACUGAAAACACACACAGCCCCAUCUGUACCAAUGCUGAUGGCACAAGGGAAGGUUUUAUGGAGCUCUAUGAUGGAUGGCUAAAAUUAGUAUUUACAUUUUAGGUGUUUCAGAAACACCUGGUAACAGGCCUGUUACAUGUUUCUAGUUUUAUGAAUCCAUUUAUAACAGCCACAUUAAAAGUUAUCAUGAAUAAGGUUCUGUGAAAGGCCAUCCACACUGACCCUCUAGUGUUUCUGAAACCAGAUGUCUUGGCUUGACAAUGCAGCACCUAGCUUGUUCUUCUACCACAGGGGUUAAGGUGUUUGUAUGCAGUGAAGAUAUUCAGUAGUUGAUGGACACUAAUGUCUCAAAGAUGUGAUGAAGAUCCACCAGGAUGCAGCAUUUCCAAAUGAAGAACAUGAUCCCUAGUUUGAUAAUACCUCAUACCAUACCUCUCUUUUAUCAAUCAGUCGGCUUGUGGGGAAUGUUCUGAUUUAACUUUGAGAAAUCGCAUAUCUGGCCUCAAGCUGUUAAACAUCUACUCUCUGUCCUCCGGCCAAGUGUUACUGCAGCCUGGGCUGUUUUUGUAUGAUAACUUCAGGCAAAUGUAAUGACAUUUAUCUUUUUUUUUUUUCUUCUCAUGUUCGUUUGUGUGCUCCCCCCUUUUUCUUUUAUAAGUUUGUUGGUUAAAAGCUUUUUUUUUUUUUCCAUUUAAAUCCUUGAGUACAACUUUGGCAUAUUAGGCAUUUAGUUACUGAACACUAACUGUAUGUUCAAAGUUUUAUGGUUUCAUAUUUAUAUCUGCUUGUACAGUGAAAAUGAUUCUCAGUAAAGAUUGCUAUCAGUGA